AUGAAGGUAAUAUCGAACGAAAAUUAUGUCAUUAUUUAUUAUCUUCGACUUGAAGAAAAGUCCUUAAAAGACCUUAAGGCCAAAAUAUUGAACUACCAGAAGAGUGAAUAUAAAUGGAGAAUAAAAAAUGAAAAUAAAAAAGUUUUUAAAAAAUACACUGGUCGCAAGGAACAUAUAAAUUCGUCGUUCUCGUCUUUAUCGAAAAAUCUUCAAACCAAUUUCGAUACAACUAUCGUUAUCAUAUCGCGUAUUUUAAUAUGCUUUCCAAAUACGUUAAUGAUCCUUCCGCAGGUUCACCUACGGAAACCUUGUUACGACUUUUGCCCGGUUCAAGCCACUGCGAUUAAGGCGAUUUCCACCAGAGUAUUUCCACCGCAAAUAUUCGGCUUCAAUACAGCAGUCUCCGCUUUUCUCGAAACGGCUCAGUCCCGGGCAGCGACGGGCGGUGUGUACAAAGGGCAGGGACGUAAUCAGCGUGAGCUGAUGACUCACACUUACUAG